UAUACGCUGAGAAAUCGACCCAACUGAAGUUUUAGAUCAUUACUCUAGUUUCUGAUAUGGGCAAUGCAGUUUUGACACCGUGUUUUGCGCAGCAAAACCCUAAUUCGUCGUCGUCUUCUUCGAUAAAACUUGUCUUCUGCGAAGGCACGACGAGGUUCCUGAGAGGAAAACACAUCGCCGGCGAGAUCAUGUUCGAGUUCCCAGAAAAGGUGGUAUGCCACGCUGACUCCUUCUUCAUGGGCCUCCCGGUGCCGUCGUUAGCCAUAGACGACGAACUCAUGCCAGGCCAAACCUACUUCGUUCUUCCCAUAGAUCGCUUAGCAUGCAAGGUCCUGUCGCCAGCGUGGCUCGCAGCCCUAGGUUCAUCAUCAUUAUCAUCAACAUGCCCUAAUAAAACCAGAAAGUCGUCGUCGUCAUCACCAUGUCCGAUCAAGUUUGGAGAGAGCCCUAGUCCUUUUGAGUGCAUAAAGGGCUCCAAUGGGAGGAUUCUGAUAAAGGUGAAGCCUGAGUUCAUCACGAGGCUUAUUAAUGGAAAUAGUGACAAAGAAACAGAUCGUAAUGGUGAUAGUAACUAUAGCUUUCUGUGUAGUACUCCCGAGUUGAAGAAGCACUAUGAUCAGCUUGUGAGGUCUAAGGAUCAGCAUUGGUCACCCAAGCUUGAGACCAUUUCGGAGUACAAGGUUAGGUUUUCGCCAUGCAGGUUCUUGGGCUUAGAAUGGAAAGAAAAAGAGAAAAAUGUAUGUUAAUUAAUGUUCAGAACUCAGAAGAGAGAUCUAUGUAGAUGAUAUAUAAUUUUUUUUUCUGGGAAGAAUUGUACACUGAUAGAU